UCCUGGAAAUGCAACCAUACACGACUUAACAGUAACACACAACAUAAGCCAUAUCUGCGAAGGACAACAACACCGUACGAGAAAGAAUGAACGAGGAUUAGGGAUUUGUGAUUGCAGUGCCUUCCAAAGAACCCUUCAAUUCUGAAAAUUUUCUUCUUUUUAGAUAAAAAAAUUGAUACUUUUUUGAACAAAAUCUGUUAUUGGUGUUGUGGGCAUUUGAAAUCAAACUCAAGAUGAACCUUUUACUCCCUCAACACCACCACCUUUCAUUCUCCCAAUGCCCCUUUUUCCACAACCCCAUCAAAACCCUCCAAUUUCUUCCCAAUCCUCCCGCACGUGCGAGCACCGUAAUCCGCAUGGGUGGGGGUCCCCGCACGUACCCGGGUGGCGUGUCGAAGUGGGUGUGGAAACGGAUGCAGGCGAAGAAGGCGAAGCAGCUACUGAAGGCGCGUCUGUCCAGGGAGCGGCAGAUAUACGAGAUGAGGAAGCGGGCGGAGCUGAAGGCGGCGGUGUCGGAGCUGGAGAGGCCGUGGGAGGUGGUGGAUAGGGCGGCGGCGGCGGCACCCAAUCUGUUCUCUGUUGGGGCUGAUGAGCAGGUGAAGGUUCUUGCCGACAGGUUUCAGAGGCCUGGUGGGUUUGAUAUGUGGAGUGAGAAGGAUGGGCCUGUGUUGUUUGAGACCCCUGAUGAGUUGCCAUCUGCUAGGUUUUUCCCCAAAGGGGUGGUGCACAGUGUGAAGCCUUAUAGGAGGGUUGAUGGGUAUGGGCUGGUGAAGGAGGGGUAUGAUGAGGAACGAGGGGGUUUGGUAAAGGGGGAUGCUUUUGAUGAUAAGUUGAGUGAGAAGGAAAAUGGGGGAAAGGAGAUUGAAUUUGGCGGAAAGUUGAAUGAAAAGGGGAAUUGGGGGAAGAAAUUUGAAUUUGAUGAAGGUUUGAGUGAAAUGGGAAAUGGGAGGAAAGGGGUUGUGUAUGGUGGGGAUUUGAGUGGAAAUGGGAAUGGAAAAGGGGUUUUGUUGGAGGAUGUUGAUGGAGAAAUUUCAUCUUUUAAUGUGAAUUAUGGGAGAAAUGGAGUUGAGGGUGAGGGUGAGGGUGAGGUUGGUUUGAGAAGGAAUGGGAAUAGGAGGAGGCUUUUGUCUGAUAAUGUUGGUAGAAAUGGAGUGCAGUCUCAUGGGAGGAAGGGAGUGGAGGGUGAUGGUAGAUUGAGAAGAAAUGGAAAUGGAAGGAGGGUUUUGUCUGAUGAUGUUGGUAGGUCUAACAAUGGAGGGCGAUCUUCUCGUUUGAAUUAUGAGAGGAAUGCAAAUGGAAGGUUUGAUGGUGGAGAGCAUUCUCCUCCCUCUUCAAAUUUUGAGAGGAAUGAAACAAGUUUUGAUGGCAGGUUGAGGAGGAGCAGGGGUAAUGGAAGGAGGGUUUUCUCCAAGGAUGUUGUUGAUGGAUCUAAUGAGGGAGUUGGUUCUGUCAGGAAACAGAGAGGGGGCAAUUCCAUUAGAGGCAGAAGUGGAGGAAAGUUUGCUAACAGGACUUUAGAGUAUGCUUCACCAAGAGGAAGAGGUAGUAGAGGUGCAAAUUCUGAAGUUUAUGACAUGGGUUUGCAACAAGAUGGG